AUGUCAAACAAGAAGCUUUCUGGUCUGAGAGACAACUUCAGUCUGCUCGGUGAGAAGAAUAAGCUGCUGGUGGCUAACAGAGGGGAAAUUCCUAUCAGAAUCUUCAGAUCUGCUCAUGAGUUGUCUAUGCGGACGGUGGCGAUCUAUUCGCACGAGGACCGUCUGUCGAUGCACAGGUUGAAGUCGGACGAGGCGUAUGUGAUCGGAGAGGAGGGCAAGUACACGCCCGUGGGCGCCUAUUUGGCCAUAGACGAGAUCAUCAACAUUGCCAAGCAGCACAACGUGGAUUUCAUCCACCCGGGGUAUGGGUUUUUGUCCGAGAACGCUGAGUUUGCGUCCAAGGUGGCCGCGAGCGGGAUCACGUGGAUCGGGCCUCCAGCUGAAGUGAUCGACGCUGUUGGUGAUAAGGUGUCGGCUAGGAACCUGGCGCUGGCGGCUAACGUGCCCACUGUGCCGGGUACGCCCGGGCCAAUUGACUCUGUGGAGGAGGCCCAGGCGUUUGUGGAAAAGUACGGGUACCCCGUGAUCAUCAAGGCCGCUUUUGGCGGUGGUGGUAGAGGUAUGAGAGUGGUUCGUGAGGGUGACGAUAUCGCGGGUGCAUUCCAGCGUGCGACUUCUGAAGCCCGUACCGCCUUUGGUAACGGUACCUGUUUCAUCGAAAGGUUCCUGGUGAAGCCAAAACAUAUCGAGGUGCAAUUGCUGGCUGAUAACUACGGGAACGUGGUUCAUCUUUUCGAGAGGGACUGUUCGGUUCAGAGAAGACACCAAAAAGUGGUGGAAGUGGCACCAGCAAAGACUCUGCCCGUUGAAGUGCGUAACGCCAUUUUGACCGACGCUGUCAAGUUGGCGCACACCGCCGGGUACAGAAACGCGGGUACCGCGGAGUUCCUGGUCGACAACCAAAACAGACAUUAUUUCAUCGAGAUCAACCCUAGAAUUCAGGUUGAACAUACCAUUACCGAGGAGAUCACCGGGAUCGACAUUGUCGCUGCGCAGAUUCAGAUCGCUGCGGGCGCUUCUUUGGAACAGCUGGGUCUGCUGCAGGACAGGAUCACCACGAGAGGCUUCGCCAUCCAAUGUCGUAUCACAACCGAGGACCCUGCCAAGAACUUCCAGCCGGAUACCGGUAGAUUGGAAGUUUACCGUUCCGCUGGUGGUAACGGUGUCAGAUUGGACGGUGGUAACGCGUAUGCGGGCGCUGUGAUUUCUCCUCACUACGAUUCCAUGUUGGUCAAGUGUUCUUGUUCCGGUUCUACGUACGAAAUCGUCCGUCGUAAGAUGAUCAGAGCGUUAAUCGAGUUCAGAAUCAGAGGUGUCAAGACUAAUAUUCCAUUUUUGCUCACUCUAUUGACCCAUCCGGUCUUUGUCAACGGUGAUUACUGGACAACUUUUAUCGACGAUACCCCACAGUUGUUCCAAAUGAUCUCUUCUCAAAACAGGGCUCAAAAAUUGUUGCACUAUUUGGCAGACCUAGCAGUUAAUGGUUCCUCCAUUAAGGGCCAGAUCGGUUUGCCAAAAUUGAAGACUCACCCAACUAUCCCACGCUUGCACAAUGCAGACGGGGAAAUCAUCAAUGUCUCCACGACGGCACCACCUGACGGUUGGAGACAGGUGCUACUGAAGUACGGCCCUGAAGAAUUCGCAAGACGGGUCAGAGGCUUCAAGGGAACCUUGAUCAUGGACACCACUUGGAGAGACGCUCAUCAAUCGCUAUUGGCUACCAGAGUCAGAACUUACGACUUGGCGGCUAUAGCACCAACCACAGCGCACGCCUUGUCCGGCGCAUUCGCUUUGGAAUGUUGGGGUGGCGCUACUUUUGAUGUCGCCAUGAGAUUCUUGCAUGAGGACCCAUGGGAACGUUUGAGAACUUUGAGGAAGCUGGUUCCAAAUAUCCCAUUUCAAAUGUUGCUGCGUGGCGCUAACGGUGUGGCUUAUUCAUCUCUGCCAGACAAUGCCAUUGACCAUUUUGUCAAGCAGGCUAAGGACAACGGUGUUGAUAUCUUCAGAGUCUUUGACGCCUUGAACGACUUGGAACAAUUGAAGGUCGGUGUUGAUGCUGUCAAGAAGGCUGGUGGUGUUGUUGAGGCUACAGUUUGUUACUCAGGUGAUAUGUUACAACCUGGUAAGAAGUACAACCUAGACUAUUACUUGGAAGUCACCGGCAAAAUUGUCGAGAUGGGUACUCACAUCUUGGGUAUUAAGGAUAUGGCUGGUACUUUGAAACCAUCUGCUGCUAAACUUUUGGUUGGAUCCAUCAGAGCUAAAUAUCCAGAUCUACCAAUUCAUGUUCACACCCACGAUUCUGCGGGUACCGCUGUUGCAUCUAUGGCCGCGUGUGCCCUUGCGGGUGCUGAUGUCGUCGAUGUGGCAACUAAUUCGAUGUCUGGCUUGACUUCUCAGCCUUCCAUGAAUGCUUUGCUGGCAUCGCUGGAUGGCCAAAUUGAAACCAACAUUGACGUUAAGAAAACUCGUGAGUUAGAUGCUUACUGGGCAGAGAUCAGAUUACUGUACUCCUGUUUCGAAGCAGACUUGAAGGGCCCAGAUCCAGAGGUUUAUGAGCAUGAGAUCCCAGGUGGUCAAUUGACCAACUUGUUGUUCCAGGCUCAACAACUAGGUUUGGGUGAAAAAUGGGCUGAAACCAAGAGGGCUUACAAAGAGGCAAACUACUUGCUCGGUGACUUGGUUAAGGUCACUCCAACUUCUAAGGUGGUGGGUGACUUAGCACAAUUCAUGGUCAGUAACAAAUUGACUUCUGAUGAUGUUAAGAGACUAGCAAAUUCCCUCGAUUUCCCAGACUCCGUCAUGGACUUUUUCGAAGGUUUGAUCGGUCAACCAUACGGUGGUUUCCCUGAGCCAUUGAGAACGGACAUUCUGAGGAACAAGAGAAGAAAAUUGACUGUGCGUCCCGGUCUCGAAUUGGCACCCUUCGACCUUGAGAAAAUUAAGGAGGACUUGCAAGACCGAUUCGGUGACAUUGACGAAUGUGACGUUGCAUCUUAUAACAUGUAUCCAAAGGUUUACGAAGACUUCCACAAGAUCAAGGAGAAAUACGGUGACUUAUCGGUUCUUCCAACUAAGAACUUCCUCUCGCCACCACAGAUCGGUGAAGAAAUUGAAGUUACCAUCGAACAGGGUAAGACUUUGAUUAUCAAACAUCAAGCAGUUGGGGACUUGAAUAAAGAAACCGGUAUCAGAGAAGUUUAUUUUGAAUUGAAUGGUGAACUAAGAAAGAUUCCAGUGGCUGACAGAUCACAAAAGGUCGAAACCAUCUCCAAGCCAAAGGCUGAUGGUCACGACCCACUUCAGAUUGGUGCCCCAAUGGCUGGUGUUAUUGUUGAAAUCAAGGUACAUAAGGGCUCACUGGUCAAGAAGGGCGAGCCAGUUGCUGUCUUGAGUGCCAUGAAAAUGGAAAUGGUUAUCUCUGCACAAUCCAAUGGACAAGUCAAGGAGGUCUAUGUUAACGACGGUGAAAAUGUCGAUGCCUCCGACCUACUGGUGGUUCUGGAAGAAGCUGUCCCACCAGCAAAGGAGUAA